AGAGAGAGAGAGAGAAUAAAUGUAUGCCUUUCCCUCCUCGCGCCCAUCGAAAACAGAGAGCCAACUUCCAACUUUAGAGAGAGAGAGAGAGAGAAAGCGAUUAUCCAUAUAAAUUUCCUUUUUUUUUAAAAAAAAUUUUUUUUUCUUCAUUUUUGCUUGUAAUUCAUAGCUGCUAUCUCUAUAUCUCUUUCCCCGUUUUUUUUUUUUUUUUUUUUGGUGUGGUGGGUUGAAAUUGGGAAUUUUUGAGGUGUCAAAUGAUGAGCUGGAGGAGAGUAUUGAACUCCGUUCAGGCCGUAGCAGCCCACAGCCUCCUCUUGUGCUUCACGCUCUUGCUCGUCCUCAAGCUCGACCAUGUCGUCUCCUACUCCUGGUGGAUUAUAUUUUUCCCGCUUUGGAUAUUUCAUGCAGUUGUUGCCCGAGGACGAUUUUCAUUACCUGCUCCAUCAGUUCCACAUAAUCGUCAUUGGGCACCGUGCCAUGCCAUUGUUGCAACACCAUUGCUUAUUGCAUUUGAGUUGCUCCUUUGUAUAUAUCUUGAGAGUUUUUAUGUUAAUGGUUCUGCAGCUGUAAACUUGAAGAUUGUCUUUCUUCCCUUACUGGCACUUGAAAUAAUUAUUCUGAUUGACAAUUUCAGAAUGUGUAGGGCUCUAAUGCCUGGAGACGAAGAAAGCAUGAGUGAUGAGGCUAUAUGGGAGACACUUCCCCACUUUUGGGUUGCAAUCUCCAUGGUCUUCUUUGCUGCUGCUACCAUCUUCACCCUCCUAAAGCUUUGUGGUGAUGUAGGUGCUCUUGGCUGGUGGGACUUAUUUAUAAAUUUUGGUAUUGCGGAAUGCUUUUCCUUUCUUGUUUGUACAAAGUGGUCUAAUCCGGUGAUUCAUAGAAACUCUCGCACAAGGGAAGCUAGUUCAUCUUCUACAACUAUUAGGUAUAUUGACUGGACCAAUGGUUUAGUAAUUUCUCCAGAGGAGGAUCAACAGCAAGAUAGAAUGUGCAGUCUGCAAGACAUUGGAGGCCAUAUCAUGAAAAUUCCGAUAAUUGGUUUUCAAAUCCUCCUGUGUAUGCGCCUAGAGGGAACACCUGCUAAUGCUAGGCAUAUACCACUGCCAGUUCUUUUCUCUCCUCUUUUCCUACUGCAAGGUGCAGGUCUCCUAUUUGCUGCCUGUAGGUUGGUGGAGAAAAUUGUACUUUUACUUCAUAGUGGAGUUGGCACAGGAUUAUAUUUUCGAUUUUCUGCAAGUGCUCAUGACUGCUUCGGGUUCUUGCACCAUGGUUCCAGGCUACUGGGUUGGUGGUCAAUUGAUGAAGGCAGUCGAGAAGAACAGGCCCGACUAUUCCAGCAGGGGGCUUCUGGGUAUAACACUUUCUGUGGCUAUCCACCUGAGAUGGUGAAGAAAAUGCCUAAAAAGGAUCUUGCAGAGGAGGUUUGGAGACUGCAAGCAGCUCUAGGUGAGCAGACGGAAAUCACAAAAUACAGUCAACAGGAGUUUGAAAGACUUCAAAAUGAAAAGGUUUUAUGUAGGGUUUGCUUUGAGGGAGAGAUUAGUGUGGUCCUACUUCCAUGCAGGCAUCGUAUCCUUUGCAGUUCCUGCUGUGAGAAGUGUAAAAAAUGCCCAAUUUGCCGCAUCCCUAUUGACGAGCGCUUGCCUGUAUAUGAUGUUUAGAUUUUAACUUGCCCUGUUUGUUUUCUAAGAGCACAAAUUGGAGCCGCAUAGAGAAGGUAAAAAAAAAAAAAAACAACUGGAGAAUGUUUAUUACAGUUUCACACUUUUUACUGAAACUUGUACAAUAGUGAGUGUUGCUUGUGCAAGUUAACAUGACAAGGAUUAGGUCAUACACGAAUUGCAGUUGCUAUAACUAUACAAAGCUUGGUUAGCUGUUUUUCAAAAAAUUUUCCUCCUAAAUUGUAAAUAUACUAAAACUUUUGUAUGGGGAAAUAACAGUAAUAGCAAGUUGCAAGUUCUUUUCA